AUGCCUUCCACCAAGUCGGCCACGCCCAGCGUGCCCCCCGGGCAUGCCGCCGAAACGCUUCGUAUCGGCACGGCAGACGAAAUUGCAACUUUGGCCAAACUCACGCCCGUGGUUCUUCCCAACGAUGCGCUCGUGGCCUCACUAAAAGAAAGCCACCCCGACGACCCCCGCUGGCGACUGUUCCGGAACCACCCGGACUACAUCUACGUGAUAAAUUGGCUUUUCCAGUGCAGAGGGUACAUCCGCUUGGCCAGCGAGCACUUCGACACGGAUCUCUUUGAAAUCGAGCUUUUCGAGUUGGUGAACCCGCCGCCGGUGGACGACAUGGCGUUGCUCAUCAACAAAAUCAAGCUCGCGUUGAUCAGCAAGGUCCACGGGAAAAAAGUGCUGUCUUUGGCGAUGUUCGAGACCUUGUUCCGCGUGUAUUUUGGGGGCAGCACGCCUUUGUCCGGGCCCUCCGAGGAAGAGGCGGGCGGCUCGCCGCAGGUCGCAGAUCCAAGCGUGUAUCCGUGCUUCGAGGAUCUUUUCAUCGAUGAGAAGUUGGCCGUCUUGGCCAUCUUGAUAACUGAGGUAUCGCUGUACCCGGACUUCCGCGACUUCAUCGACAAGGCCAAGAUCCCGCCGGAGAACUUACGGCUAUUUUCCGGCGCCAAGCUCGCUGCACGCGAUUCUCGCCGUGCAGAGGAGUACUUGCUUCUUUUCGACGACACUGCUCUCUACAAACGCACAAUCUCGGCGCCGGAAUUGAGCAUACCCAAGAAACGGAAGUUGGCUCCUCAAUACCCGGAGUCACACUACCCGCAAGAAGCGUUUGAUAUCACGGCCAUCCAGUAUGAGCUUGUAUACAAGGAUGUCUACGGUCUCGAUGCGUUGAUCAAGGACUUACUGAAGAACAAAAAGACCAAAAACAAUAAGGCAGUGUUGGACGUCAUCCGCGACGACCUGCUUAUAUCGAACAUAUUCUCUUACGAAAUAAAAAAGAGAAAGAUCCUCUCGGGCCGGAGAAAAGAGUUUGAAAUGGCUCGGCUCUUGGCCACCCGAAAGAGGUCUUCGCGUAUUGAAGCCAAAGAGAAACAAAAGCACCUCGAGGAACAGGAGAGGAAAGCCCACGACCUAGAGGACCUCAAGCAUGCUACAUCCAGACGCUCUCAAAGAGCCCGGGAUUUGCAGGAGCUGAAACUAAGGAUGGAUUUCACUGCAGGACUCUCCAGAGGGGAAAGACUCAACCUUCGCAAGGAGAAGGGUGACGAAACAGUUGUUGUCCCCGAUGCGACUCCUAUUUCCUCGAGAGAAAACACGCCUCUUUCUGUUGAAUCAUCUGUUUCUUCAAUUCAGACUGUUGCUUCUCCUGGGUCGUCCAUAGCUCUGAUGGAGCCGGCCCCUCCUUCAAGCCAAACUGCCGCUUCAUUUAACAGGUCAAUGGAGUCAACGGAAAAUGAGGAAGAAAUGCCAGAGCCGCAUACGGUUGCUAGGUCUAUCAAUGACACUACUAGUGAUUUAGAGACUCCAUCGGCUCAACAUACUCCAGGCCCUGAAGAAAAUGCAAACACGUCCAGAAACAAUACUGAAGUCGCGAACGAGGUUCUUGCUGUCGAUGAAAAUAUCUAA